GACUCUCGAUUUAAAGUCCAACAUCUGCAUUUUCCGGCCGUCAUGGCCUCCCUCCAUGACUCCUCGAGAGCAUUCGCCCAUGUUUCGGCUCUUUUAUCGAAAUUUCACUGGGAAACAAUCAUGGCUCCCAACACUCUACUUCCGGAAGAGAUCCUGGCAUUCCCGGCUCAAUCAACCGUCAAGGCGGUACAUAUUUAUUUUCUGGGAUUGAUAUACGGCUCGAAUUACGUAAACAUAUCCCGCUUGGAUCAAAAUGAAACGGUCUGUCGACAUGUGGAAGAGAUCUCCAGCGAUCUCACUCCAGACGCCUUACUAAAGCUGUCUCUCCUCACCUGGCAUUUUGAUGCAAGAGGCGAUUUCUCCCAAGAGCUCCUUCAAUUCAUCACCGAACUGGGUGAGUUUGAGGAAGUAUGCCAGGUUAUCUGGGAGCAGUAUAGCGAUCAUUCGGGGCAUUAUGUGUCAUGCAAAGUCUUCAUGAUCGAGAUGUUGAACCUGUUACGUUUUCUUGAAGGGUAUGUUGCCAGAAGUUGGACCAGAUUAUGUGGUAGGAGUGACUAGCUACACCCAUUUUGUGAAAGGGAGUAUCGAACUGAGGCUGCAUCUGGACAAUAUCAUCCUUUGUACAUAUAGAAAGGUAGGUAGCAAAGUAGUAACGCUUUUCACGGGCAUAUCUCCAUCCUAUGUACGUCCGUGCCAAGACUAUCCUGUAUGC